AUGGCAGCUACCGGGAGGAUACAGGAUGUCGACAGUCCUCCAGGUACGGCUACAAGCUAUGUCGUCUCACUUUUCAGGGGCGAAAAGCUCGUUAUACCUUGCUCGAAUUCGGUGAUGCGCCUGCUUGUCACUGGAAAGGAGACGGAAAUGGAAUUUGCUGUUGUCUCAACUGGUGGGUCUGCGGGCGAGCCCAUUGGAUUCCACUACCACCGGGAGGCACACGACGUCUUCCUCUGCCUGAAGGGAAACAUCAACGUCUGGGCAAACAACACAGCCAGGACACUGGGUCCCGGCGACUUUGCCAGCGUUCCACCAGGCGUCAUCCACCAGUACCAGAUCCUCGGCGACCACAGCGAGUUCGUGGGGCUGAUCAUCCCUGGCGGCUGGGAAGAGUUCUUCCGGAUCGUCGGCGAGCCGUACGACGGGGCGGCCCUGUUCCCCGUCGGCGACGCGCGCGACCCGAGGGUGGUCCUCAUCCCGAGGCUGAUCGAGGCGGCCGAGACGUGCGACAUGGUCCCUGUUCGCGACCACCCGCCCGUCGAGAUUCAGCCAUGGGUGGUGGAUGACGACAGCAGGCUGCCGGAUGGCCUGCAGCCCUACUUCCUGCGCGCGGAUACCGGCCCUAAGUGGCUGCUCGAGGGCACCAUCGCGCGGCCGCUGAUCACGACGGCGCAGUCAGCCGGCAGGUUUUCCGUCGUCAGUCUUGAAGGGGGUAAUUCUCACCGCCGCAGCAUCUUCUCGGGGGCAGGCGGCCAGCUGAGGUGGGAGAACGUCCAUCACUGCUUCGUAGUGGUGCACGGCAAGGUCAGGUUCUGCGUAGGGAAGGACUCCUCAGCCAUCUUGUCGGCCGAUGAUACCAUUUUCAUCCCGGCAGCGGAGGCGUUUUCGUUUUCGUUCGAGAGCGCGUUCGCGCAGAUGUAUGCGUUUUCGAAUGGCGGCGGCGUGGCGGAGCUCGUGAUGGAGGUGGGCAGGCGGAUGGAGGCGCCGGGUAGCAUCCCCGAGGAGCCAAUGGCCGAGUGGCAAGCGGAGCAGCUGACGGCUCUGGGAAGUAAGCAUGGGUUCGUGGUGGAGUAG